AUGCCGUGCUUUGACAUGGAUGUCACGCUUGCAGUUCUGGUCGGACUUUGUACCAGCGCUUGCUUUGUUCUGCGUGUAGAUAUUGCCGAUCUAUAUCUUCCCCCGCACAAGAGGUGCAGUGAGGACUCGUACUUGCAAGACCCACUGAAGGACGUCUGCAUGCAAUUUAUGAUGGACGUCACGCGCGGGAUCUAUGUGGUGAAGGGUGUUCGGUACGACUUCGAGGAGACAUUGGCCAGAUCUGGGCUGGACGUAGAGACACAGAGCUUGGAGGUCGAGAGCUUGAAAGAAGUCUUCGCAUCCAACGUCGCGGCAGAUGUCCAGCGCCAGCUAGUAGAGUCAGAUGCAGGGCAGAUGGCGCAGCAGGGAGCCAACCAGCUGGUGCAGGCCGUGACGGCACUUAUGUCACAGUCAGGGCUGGCCAAUAUUGAACGUGCCUGUGGUGAACAUGUCAUUGUAAGCGGUGGAGACCAAGAACUGACUUUUGAACUGAAGCCGGGGCCGCCGAGAUGCUGGGAUCUCAUCUUGUCCUGCAAGAAAUUCAACUUUGCCAGCUUCAUGCUCAGCUCACGCAGCUCGCGAAGUGACGAAGCUGAAGUUCUUGCCUGUUCUCGCAGUUCUCAGAUUCUCAGGUUUGCUCUUGUUCGCUUUGCCGCGACCAACCACCUUCAGCCGCUCUCUGUGGAGGUGUUGCUGUGGGAUCUUCAUCUGAUUGCCUGGGCACAUAUCACAAGUGGCUUUUUUGUUUUUUUCCUCUGCCAUUGCUUCCUCUUUAGACCGUCUCAUGCUCUUGCCCUGGCCAGCUCCUCUGCCUUUGAACAGUUUGAUCGCCUCUGGAGGUAG